UUUUUUUUCAGUUGAUGUCGUUACGAGAACCUAAAAGACAAUGUAGGGAAAUUACGAACCAGGUGACGAGAGAUUUGAAUACAUCGUCGUUAUUUGGUGAUACCAAAAAUGGUUACUGCUCAUGUCCCCCUUUCGAGUGCAUCUGCAGCUACCAACAACCAACUCCUGCUACCCCUCAGCAAUUCCCCUCAUCUCCUACCUCUUACCCGCAUCCUCUUCCUGAGAGUUAUUGGACGCAGGAUCCAAGCCACCCUCAAGUUUACCACUACACAGAUGCAGUACCCAGCACGCCUCACCAGUAUGACUUUAACACCAUCAACACCGAACUAUUCCAACCGGAAGAAAUUUUCUCCAUGGAGCAACCUAUCAAACAGGACCUCGCGCAAAGUGACAGUGCUAGGAGUCCUCCAACGUUGCUGGAUCUGGGUUCUGGAACCAUCCAUAGGGAGUUUAAGUCUGAAGACUACUGGAACGGAGCCUUGGGGAAUAUCUUAGUCAACGAUGAUAGUAAUAAUAGUAGUAAUAGUAGGUUUAACGUUAACCAAAGUCCUCUGCUCAACAACAACCUACCGCAGGUUGACCAAAACGUUUACCCAGGGACUAAGAUCGAUAUUGAGAAUCAAUACUCCAUGUCGAAAAUACCUUUAUACCAACAUCCCGAAAAUCCUUAUAAAAGUUUCGAAGCACAGUAUUUCCUCGAGGACAAAGCUUUUCAAAACUGUGAAAUCUACCAAACACCUAAAACUUACCAUACAAAAGGUUCAUCGCAAGACGAAUAUAUUGAUUUGGGCCAAUUUGGUGAAUACAAUAGCUAUUUAAACAGCUACGACCCUAGUAAAGUCAGUAGUGACGUUUUUACAGAUCUAGAUUUUAGAAUCAAUUCAAGUUGUAUGACCAGUUUGGCAAAUAAUGUACAUAGUAGUUAUAGCCAGGAGAGUUUUGACGUAAUGUCGCACCAGUAAGAUACUUGUAGUGUCAACACUAUUUUUCCCAGAGUGCCUUGUUCACUGUUAUCAUCAUGCUUUCAAUGAUCUUCACAUACUAUGUAACUUUUACUAUAGAGUUUGUUGUAUAUACUGUGUAUAAAAUAAACGAG